UGUGGAAUUGUAUCAAAUAAGCGACGAAUUUACAGCUUUUGAGUCAAAUUUUCUCACCUGUGUUGGAAUUCCUUCACAUGGGUGAUCCAGCCUUGGCUGUGAAAACCGUUGUUUUCUUCUGUGACACAAGUAUCGUUUGUGUCCUCAUCCCAGCCUUGAGCUUUUCCACUCGUUUUGGACAGGUGAUCUUUCUCUGCUUUGAUUAAGAUCGCCCACUCAGACAGUUCCUGAAUCAAAGCUGUCGGGUGGAAUCUUUUCCAUUUAGUGACACAAUUCCCAUCCGCUCAGACAAAUCUCGCGUUUUCAGACCGAGUCGCUUUGUAAAUUUCAUUUUUGAGUCGCAUCCGAUUAUAGAAACUCAUCAGCACCUUCCCCGAGGGCAGUCUCCCUUUUUUUUUCCAGUUGCGUAGAGGGGCAAAUGAGUGAGAUGCAAACAGCCAUAUGCCGUAAACGGGCUAGUAAAUGAAUGUCAAUUAUGUGGGCCAAUUAGGAUGAUGUGUUUAAUGUGUAAACAGAAGCUGUUUGUGCUUCUGCAGAAGAUGUUUAUCUAAAGCUCGGGGUCCUUACUGAAAGCUUCUCAGCUGCCAACUCCUGAUCCUUUUGUUUUUAAUUUAAAAUCAGUGUGCGUUUUAAGACUCAUAGAAAGUGCAGUAUGCAGAACCAGACAAAAAGCCUGCUGAGUGGCUACAUGAAGGCGAGUCAAAUGAAAAGUGGACUGGUUUUUGUGUAUCGCAAAAAGUGUAUUAUUUUUAUUAUUAUUAUUUUUUAAAUGUCUACGUAAUCUCCAUUUUGUUCAGCGUUCCAGUGCGUAACAAGUGUCUGGAUUCCUCUAGAAGAAAAAAACAAUUCAAAUCUAAUUAAUGUCACAUUAAAAAAAAAAAAAAAAAGUUUUCAUGUAUGAGUUCACAUAGCAGGAACUGUGCUUUUUUUUUUUUCUUUCCUUCACCUUCAUUUCUCUUUACACUCCAGUGCCUUGUGUCUGCUUUGUCACAUUAAUAGAUAACACAGAAGCUGACUAAUGCCUGAACUUGUCUGAAGAAGGCUAUAUAAUAAAAACAAGACCUCUGCAAAUGGAGUAUUGCUGGGCCUCUCUAUUUCACAUGAAGGAAUUAGGUGUCAUGAUGAACCACUGAUGAAGAGGGAUGUUCUCAGAGUCUGGUCUUAAAUGAAGCAUAGGGUGAACUCCUGUCUCCAUGACGGGAUGUUUUUCCUUCAAACCAAGCCCUGUUCAAGACGCAUUAGUGGUCACAGGUGAGUCAUGUGACCAGGCAAGAAGGUGGGGCGCCUAUGAAAGUGGUUAACAUCUGACUCGGGUGACUUUUCUUUAGGCUGGAGAAGAGCACAGAUCAUUUCUUGGUCCAUCCUACUGGAAGCGUCCACAGAUCUCAGGAUGUUUUUUUUUUUUUUUUUUGUGAGACUGAAAUGAUCAUUUUAAAUAUUUAACAGCUUCAUUUUAUAUUUUAAUUUGCUAUUUGUACUCCAGGAAGACCUGCAUUCCAAAAACUCAUCAUCACUCAUCAUCGAUUGAGGCACAUCCUACACCUAUCUCACUUGACUUUCAAACAUCUACAGCUCUGGCCUGUUCUGGACUGUGACCGAAGUGUGGAUCUUCUCUAGUGGAUCAUCAUGUUCAGCUCUGGGCAGCUACUCUCUUCUCUGAGUCCUGCUGUUCUGCACUCGCCAGCGACUCAGUUCUUCCCUGCCUUUCCUAGCAGGCUGGGCCAUCCUCAGCUCUUGAUCCCUGCUCCACUGCUCAGCUACGAGUUCCUGCGCACAUACCUACAGCCCGAGCCUUGUAAACAAGCUCUGCUCCUGGCCUCACAGGCAUCUUCCGUGGUCCGACUUUCCAGUGACACAGAUGAGCUUCGGCCCGCCAAGCAGCGGCGUGCUCGUGCCAACUACAGCAGCUGGCAGCUGGAAGAGCUGGAGAAGGCCUUCAAGAGCACGCACUACCCUGACGUGUUCAUGCGCGAGGCCCUGGCACUCCGACUGGACUUAAUCGAGGCUAGAGUUCAGGUGUGGUUCCAGAAUCGUAGGGCGAAGAUGCGCAGACAGAUGAAACUUCAAGGCCAGAGUGGAGACCUGUGUAGGAACGACAGUGAGGCCAGAAAACCAGCACCAUCCAGGAGGAGCACAGAGACAGACAGCGACCAGGUGCCAUGCUGGAACAGCAAACAGGAGAGGAGCGCUGGACACAGACUGCACCAGGGGUCCAGACAGCAGGCAGGAUCACCAGAAAGCAGUCCAGAGGAAUUCCGCUUCUGCAGCAUUGCCAAACUGAGGGCCAAAGCCAGGGAUUACGAAGCCGAGAUCCACAGCACUGCAGCCAAGGACGAUAAGAAGUGGUGCUUAAAAGCACACGUGUCCAAAAGUGACUGAUGAAGGUCUGGGUUCCCAAACUCCACUGUGAACUGGGAAUAUCUGAAUACCUAGUGAUGCUAGUUUAUUUAUUGUCACCUCAUGAUUACACAAGUUGAGGAUGAUGCUUUUAAGUAAUUCUUUAUUUUAGCCUGGUAUUUCUGUUGUAUUAAUAUACAGUAUGUGAAUAUUUUCCACAGCUCUUGUCAAUCUCUAUCAUCACCAAGAUAUUGAUACCAAAUAUGAACAUUACCGUUCCUGUUAUGUAAUAAUAUUCACUUCACAUUACUUUCCCGAGACUUGAUCGUUAUAUUUUUAUAUAGACUAAUACUGAGCAUUUACACUGUAAUUCAAAUUGUAUUAUUAAACAGUGCGAUAUUAAUCAUGA